GAUAUUCUAGGGUUUCUCAACUCCACAAGAAAGGUGGCAGAGGUUCUCUCUCGCAGCCUUUUCUGCGAAGGGGCGACCUAGAAGAGAACACAGAGAACAAUCUUCGUCAUGGGAAAAGGUACAGGGAGCUUUGGUAAGAGGAGGAACAAGACCCACACCAUCUGUAUAAGGUGUGGGCGCCGGAGUUUUCAUCUUCAGAAGAGCAGAUGUGCUUCAUGUGGAUAUCCUGCAGCCCGCAUCAGAAAAUAUAAUUGGAGUGUCAAGGCAAUUAGGAGGAAAACUACGGGGACAGGGCGCAUGAGGUAUCUUCGUCACAUGGCACGAAGGUUUAAGAGUGGUUUCAGAGAAGGAACUGAAGCAGCACCCAGGAGGAAGACUGCUACUUGAUCAUGAGUCAACGAUAAAGCAGAUUACGAAGCACACAUUCACGUCCUUUAUUAAAUGAGCAUUCUUUUGGGUGGCCUCUCGGACUGAUUUUAGUCACUGGAUUCUUUUUUUUUUUUGUUUUUCCAUUAGAGAAAUAAAAGAUGAGAACAUAUGUUUCUACAUUUUGUAGUUUUGAGGCAGUAUGUUAUCUUUUCUUUUUUUUUGACAAAUUAUUUACGGUUUCUUAUCAGAAACCUGUGUUUUGGGGUUACUACUGUUCUUUGAAUGUUGUGUCUUAGACAGUGCAAGCAUGGUGCUUAUGGUUCUUGGUGGGUUUAUUUAUGGUUAGCAGUUUCAACAUUCAA